UUAUAAACACAAUUUGAUGUAUUAAUAAUUUAAUACCAAGUUAUAUCAUUAAUAAAGGGAAAAAAAAAAUUAAUGAUGCGGUUUCCAUAAAUCCACCAUUUUUGCUGAAUUAGUUUAUAAAAUUUCACUCCAAUUCCAAUUAUAUCCUUGCAAUUGAAUAAAAUUACAUUUACUUUGUUUUUUAUAUAUAUAAAGAUAAAGAUUUAUUCAUCUACUUUUUUCAUAAAUAAAAAAACAGAGAAGAAUUAUAUACUAAAAAAACAACACAUUCAACGCGCAAUGUGAUUCUCAAAAACACAACACACCAAUGUUUUACACAACAAUAUAGUAAAACUUUGAAUAGGGAACAUUACAUAUCAUCUUGCUAGUUGGCUAUUGUUGCAGGCUUUAGAUUACUUCAUGUUCACAAACUGUUUGUGAAAAUGCCCCAAUGAAAAUUACCAAUUGAGAUUGUCACGACUCGAAAUUUUCCGUUGUCGACGAAGUGCAAGCUCAGCUACUGAUGUUUCUUCGUCGAUUUGCAACGAUACUGAAGCCUUUUCCGAGGGUUAGAUUCUUCAGCAGUGACGGCAGCCAUGAUUUUGCCAAAACUAUCGCCGAGCUCAAUCAGGAAAUGGAGUUUGUGUUUGGUGCACCUCCCCCGUCAUCCCUUGACAGUCCGACUCUAGAUCAAGAAUCGCAUGUUGUAGCCAAAGGUGUCAAUGGACAACAAGCGCCUGCGCCUCCUUCUGGAUUGAGUCACAUUGAUAGCAAAGGCGAAGCCCGAAUGGUUGACAUCUCCUCCAAGGAGAUAACCAAGAGAGUGGCACUUGCUAGUUGCAAAGUCGUGUUAGGUGAGAAGGUGUUUGGUUUGGUCUCAGCCAACCAGAUGGAGAAAGGAGAUGUUCUUGGUGUAGCCAAGAUUGCUGGAGUCUGUGGCGCAAAGCAGACGAGCAACCUCAUCCCGUUGUGCCACAACAUCAACCUGUCGCGUGUUCAUGUGGAUCUGGCCUUGAAUCACCGUGAUUUCAGCAUUGAGAUACGAGGUGAAGCUGCCUCCACCGGGAAGACUGGGGUUGAGAUGGAAGCCCUCACCGCGGUUACAGUUGCUGGCCUUACAGUGUAUGAUAUGUGCAAGGCUGCUUCCAAGGAUAUUGUCAUUACAGAUGUAAGGCUUGAACAGAAAAGUGGAGGGAAGAGUGGGGAUUGGUCCAGGUAAGCUACUAUGAUCCACUUCUUGAUUUCUUGGUUUUGUGGUAUGAAUUUAGGGUUGUCUCUGAGAUUUGAAUUGAGACUCUAUGUGUGGUUGAAUUUUGAAUGCAUUGAACUCGCAUUUUGCAUAACAUAUUGGUUUAUUUGCUCACAAA